AUGUCCUUCGCCAAGUACCUUCUGCCUGCCCUGGCAGCUUCCAAGUUUGCCUUGGCUAGCGACUCUUGCGGCGCUACCACUAUCUCUAGCCAGACUGACGCUGAUGCCAUCUCCUCCUGCACCACCAUUAGUGGCGCCGUUACCAUCGAUGAGAGCUACUCCGGCUCCCUGGAUCUCGGCAGCAUCGAGAAGAUCACUGGUAACCUGAUCUGCAACGGCGGUAGCAACGUCACCAGCAUCACCGCUGCCGACCUUGUCACCAUUGGCAAGAAUUUCACCCUUGAGGGUCUGACCUCCGUCACCUCCCUCAGCUUCGCUGCCCUGACCACCAUUGGUAGCAUCUACUGGGAGGCUCUUCCCGAGCUGCAGUCUCUUGACUUCACCACUGGUGUCACUGAUGUUGGUGACAUCAACAUCAUUAACACUGGUCUGACUUCCCUGGACGGUAUCUCCCUGAAUACCGUUGGUCAGUUCGACAUUGAGGACAACGACUCCCUGGUCACCGUCAACAUCAACAACCUCAUGAACGCCACUGGCAUGAUUAACUUCGCUGGUAACGACGACUCUCUGAUUAUUGAGCUCCCCAACCUGAGCAGCGGUACCUCCAUGACUUUCCGUAACAUCAGCAGCAUCUCCGUCCCCUCCCUGAAGAAGCUCACUGGUCAGCUCGGUUUCUGGGGCACUGACUUCUCCACCUUCUACGCUCCCAACCUGACCACCACCGGUGACCUUGUUUUCAGCGAUAACUCCAAGCUCAGCAACAUCUCCAUGCCCGUCCUGGUUACCGUCGACGGUGGAUUCGCCAUCAACGGCAACGACGCUCUUCAGGUUAUUGACCUUCCUAAGCUUACCACUGUUGCUGGUGCCAUUGACUUCACCGGUAACUUCUACGAGGUUGAGUUCGGUUCUCUCACCACUGUUGACGGUGGCUUCAAGCUCGACUCCACCAACGGCUCCUUCUCCUGCAACAACCUCAAGUCUGAGUACAAGAGCUCCGUCAAGGGUACCUGGUCUUGCAACGCUACCGACCCCGAUGCCACCAGCAGCUCCAGCUCCAGCUCUGGUACCAGCAGCUCCUCCAGCUCUAGCAGCUCCAGCACCAGCUCCGGUGCCGCCAUCGCCAACGGCAUUGCCGCCCCUGUCGCCGGUGCCGCCGCUAUCUUCUACGCUCUUGCUCAGUUGAUCUAA